AUGCCGGCUGACUGGCCUGCAGCGAUGGUGAAAGCCCCAGUUCUGCUCGUGAGGGCUCAGCGGUCCUUGGAGCCCAAGGUUCUGGGGAUCGUGGUGGGUUCCCUGCUCACCCUCUUGGUGGUGGCCGCUGUCAUCAAGAAGAAGGCCAUCGGAGAAGGCCACGGAGUGAUCGCGACGGGCAGGGACGCCACCGGAUGUCACGUGAUCGUGGAGGUGGAGGGCUGCAAGCCAUCGGGAGAAACCCAAGGAGGAGGCUCCUUGGAGGAGACAAGUGAAAGACAGCCACCGAAACGAAACAUCCCAGCCAUGCUCCACCUGACCGCGAUCACGGUUUUUAUCGCCUGUGGCAUCGCUUCUGGGUCGGAGUGCUUGGAGUGCGCUGGAGAUGAAACUCUUCUGGUGCAGUUGAAGGAGGUGCAUAGCCACGAACUCGGCAAGAGCAACACCAGUGCAGCCGUGCAAGAGGUGGAGUUGGAAGGAUCCGAAAAUGAUCCUCCUCUGUACUGCAGGGACGCGGAGCCACAGUCACCUCGAGACGUGAGCGCGGGGUUUGUGGGUGACAUGCGGGCGCGCUUCAAGCCGCUGGAUGGCGAUGCCAUCAGGGACUUCAUCCAGGUAAACCUCCAUUGGCACCUGGGCGCCGAGCACUACAGCAAGGGCGAGUACGACAUCCCUGUCGGAAAGCAUCUCCACUACCGUCAUGGUGUGCCGGAAUGGGAUGGCCAUCCCCUCGUGCCAGAGGGUACGCAGCCGGGUUUCUUCUGCAACCUCAGGGGCUACGAUGACUUCCUGAAGCCGUACGACUUCCAAUACUGCCAGCACGCCAAGGUCGGCUAUACUUAUGAGUUCCACUGGGUCUUCUCCUCUGCAGGGCCACUCGAGAGGGAGUUCCGGAUCUACAACGGUUUGGGGCAAGCCUUUAAUCGCUCGAAGAACCCGACGGCCAUCGUCCGUGGACAGGUGUGUCGCAUCAUCAACGAUGAGCGCCUGGAGACGGAGGAUCAAAUCGAGGAAGAUUACAACAACUUCAUCGAGCAAUGGCGAGAGCCAUACUUUGGAGAUGCAGUUCGGUAUGUCGGCUCCACUACUGGGCCCUCCUACAACAACGAGGUUUGCUCGCCGCUCGCGGUCAACUGGCAUGUGGACACGAAAUGUUGUACACUCACUGCGCAGACACUGGACAGGACCUGCCAAAGAAUGGCAGAACAGGGCCUCACGACGGACUUGGCUCCAGCUGGGUCGAGAGAGUUGGUGGAUCGGGCGUAUUCAGCUGUUGUGGCCUACCCUCUAGACGACGAGGACAUGCGCCACUGA